UAUGCAGUUCAUUAAACUCAUUUUCCCUAGUUGUGUAAUUCAGAUAAAAGAGUUCCAUAUUGGUAGCUUUGAGAAGUCAUAUCGUAGAAAUUGAUGGUUGAUCACAUCAUAGUGUUAUUCUUGUGGUUCCUUAUACUCUCCUAUACAAGAACAUGCACUUCACUAAGCAGUUUAGCAGUGAAUGAAUCUAUCCGAGAUGGUGAGAGUUUAGUUUCAGCAGAUGGAACAUUUGAAGUGGGUUUCUUCAGUCCCGGAAAUUCAACUGGUCGUUAUUUGGGUGUUUGGUACAGAAAUUUAUCUCCUUUAACUGUGGUGUGGGUGGCCAACCGUGGAACGCCACUGCAGAAUGAUUCAGGAGUUUUCAAACUCAAUGAAGAUGGGGUUCUUUUGAUUCUCAGUGGAACAAACAGGAGUAUCUGGUCGUCGAAUGUAUCGAAUAAAACAAUGAAUAACCCAAUUGUGAAGCUCAUGGACUCGGGCAAUCUUGUGUUAAAGAAUGAACAUGAUGAUAACAGCAUGGAGGACAAAUUUCUGUGGCAGAGUUUUGAUUAUCCGUGUGAUUUGCACUUGCCAGGAAUGAAGUUUGGAUGGAACAAACUAACUGGUAUAAACAGGGUUUUGACACCUUGGAAAAGUGAAGAUGAUCCGGCAAUGGGAGAGUUCUCUGCAAAGAUUGACAUUAGAGGAUGUCCACAACUACUUUUUAUGAAAGGAGCUGAUAUAAAAUUUAGAAUAGGAUCAUGGAAUGGCAUUGGUUACACUGGAUAUCCAGCUCAGCAGUUGAAGCAAAUACAAAGAUUUGAAUUUGUCUUCAAUGCAGAAGAAGUGUAUUUUAAGUAUGAAGUCAUUAAUAGAUCAAUUGUCUCCAUGUAUAGAUUGAGUCCUUCUGGCAUUUUUCAAGGUUUAGUUUGGACAAAUGAAACAAGCGGUCGUAAAGUUAUCACCCCAGGUGGGGUAGACUUGUGCGAUAAUUAUGCAUUUUGUGGUGUGAAUUCUGUGUGCAGAAUGGAUGGUAAUGCUCCGAGAUGUGAAUGCUUGAAAGGAUAUGUUCCCUACUUCCCUGAUCAAUGGGAUGUAUCGUAUUGGUCUAGUGGCUGCGUUACGAGGAAUAAUUCUACAUGCAAAAGCAAUAACAAUGAUGGCUUCUGGAAGUACACAAACAUGAAAUUGCCAGACACAUCUUCAUCAUGGUAUAGUAAAACCAUGAACCUUGAGGAAUGUCAGAAAAAAUGUCUGGAGGACUGUUCAUGUACAGCAUACACAAAUUUGGACAUCCGUCACGGAGGAAGUGGCUGUUUGCUUUGGCAUGAUGAUCUGGUUGACAUGAGGAAAUUCUCUCAGUUGGGGCAAGAGCUUUAUAUCAGAGUCCCAACUUCAGAACUUGUUAAUGGCCAGAGCAAUAAGCAGCAGCUGAUCGGAAUCACAGUUGGCGUGACUAUUUUUGGACUCAUUACAUUUGUCUCCAUAAUAAUAUUUAGAAAAAAAGUGGCAAGAAGACAAUAUCUUCAUAUCUCACUAUUCCAACGGCGGCAAGAAUAUUUUAGCUUGAGGAAGGAAGACAUGGAGCUUACAAAAUUUGAUUGGUCAAUCAUUGCUAAAGCCACUAAUAACUUUUCUAGCAGAAAUAAACUAGGGGAGGGUGGAUUUGGGCCAGUCUACAAGGGUACACUCAUAGAUGGGCAAGAGGUAGCCAUUAAACGGCACUCAAAGAUGUCUGAUCAAGGGCUGGAGGAAUUUAAAAAUGAAAUUAUGUUGAUCGCAAAGCUUCAGCACCGAAAUCUUGUGAAACUUCUAGGUUGCUGCAUUCAAGGAGAGGAAAAAUUGUUGAUCUAUGAAUACAUGCCCAACAAGAGCUUAGACUACUUCAUCUUUGAUGAAGCUAGAAGCAAGCUCUUAGCCUGGCAUCAACGUUUUCGCAUUAUUAUUGGCAUUGCUCGAGGGCUUCUCUAUCUUCACCAAGACUCCAGACUCAAAAUUAUUCACAGAGAUUUAAAAGCAAGCAAUAUCCUUCUAGAUGCACAUAUGAAUCCUAAAAUCUCGGACUUUGGAUUGGCUCGGAUGUUUGGCGGUGAUCAAAUUGAAGCCAAAACCAGAAAAGUGGUUGGAACAUAUGGUUACAUGCCUCCAGAAUAUGCUGUGCAUGGUCAUUACUCAGCAAAAUCAGAUGUCUUCGGCUUCGGUGUGAUAGUAUUAGAGAUUGUUACUGGAAACAAGAACAGGGGAUUUUCUGAUCCAGAACACUCUCUUAACCUUCUUGGACAUGCAUGGAGACAUUGGAGUGAAGAAAGACCAUUGGAACUGAUAGAUGCACACUUACGUGAAAGAUGCAUUCCUUUUGAAGUCUUAAGAUGCAUACAUGUGGGUUUGUUGUGUGUACAACAGAAACCUGAAGAUAGGCCAGACAUGUCUUCUGUGAUUUCUAUGCUGAAUGGUGAGAAAUUAUUGCCCCAGCCUAAAGCUCCGGGAUUUUACACAGGAAUGUUUACUGAAUCUGUAUCUUCAUUAAGAACAUGCAAUCUUUUAUCAACAAAUGAGAUGUCCCUUACAAUUUUUGAGGCAAGAUAGAAUAUGCAGACUCAAGUAAAUGAUGUUUUUAAUCGACGAGUGACGCAAAUGAUGUAGCUCUCAAUACGUAAUGUUGAUAUGAAAUUUGAGUACAAAAGAUUGCAUUGAAAUUUAACCAGAUCUCUUGAACAUAUCAAGGAAUUGAUUUCUGAUCAUUUACAAGGAAAUGAUUUUGUUAGAAGAGGCAAUACUUAUUUUCAUGAUCUCUGCAACUCGAAAGAAUUAGUCUCUAAAUAUUUGUUGGGAGAUUUCGGUGCAAACUAAGAUAAAAACAAAUGAGUGCAAAGAACCCAAGUCCAGCAAUAUCUCAUUUGUCUGUUGACCAGCCCAUAAUUGUUUGAUUUUGUAAUUUGGAACAUUGGGUCUGUGUCUUACUUAUUUGUGUACGAUUCAUUUUUUGUAACGCCAUUUUUCUUCGUUGAAGUUUCACGGUAUCCAUAUUGAAUGAAUAAUCUUAUGGAAGACUGCAAGGCUGCAAGCUAUACCUUCUACUAAGUUAUUACAAAAUGGA